AUGGAAGAGGACGAGGAACAUUUCUUCGGGCUGGGCCGCUUCGAGGAGCUGGGGGCAAGUGAGGACGCCGCUCCUCGCUGGCAGCCGCUCGGCACGACAGCAGACGACGACGAAAUAGAGGAUGGCGACGAUGACGAAGAGGCGGCCCGCACUGCCGGUGGCGCCAACGCGAAGUCAGCCGACGUGGAGCGCUCCAGAAGCGGAGCCAAAGGCGAAGAAGAAGAUGCCUCGACAACAGCAGAAGAUGAGGAGGAGGUGGGCGGCACCCCUGCCGACGCAGCGCUGGUGUCUCGCCAGCUCGAAAAUGAGGUGGAGUUCUUCCGGGAGUUCGUGCGGGCGGUGGACCCCGACAUCGGGCGGCACGACGAAGAGGUGCUCUUCGCCAACUUUGACACCUUCCGCACCUUCAUCGUGGAUGGCCUCCACCACGCCCUCGAAGGGGUCGUGAGUCCCGUGGAGGUGCACAUCAAGGUGCACAAGGCCAAGAGGGACCUUUGGGGCAUGUGCCACGCGGCCCUCACGCAACACUACGCCCUCACCAACCCGGCGCUGCUGCACGUCAUCCAAAGCGUGCAGCGCUUUCACGAGAAGCUGAUCCAGGUCCGGGGCUUCGACGGCGCCGCCGACGACAGCAGCCCCGACCCGGCCUCGGACUCUGGAAUCUCCUCCUCGCCCGAGGAGCCCGACUCUCCUUCCGUCAGCUCCGCCGAGAGCGACGCGGUGCCGGCCGACACUCUCACCUCCCACCCCGUCGACAAACUGCAGGCGUGGGCGAGGCGCAGCUGCACGGCGCGGGCGCUGGGAAGGCGGGCGCUCGGGGUGGUGCCCAUCACGCGGUGGUUCCCCCACUACUUCCGCUACGGGUGGGCCACCAACAUCAAGUUCGACCUCCUCGCCGCCAUCACCAUCGCCUUCAUGCUCAUCCCCCAGGGCAUGGCCUACGCGCUCAUCGCCGAGCUACCGCCCAUCUACGGCCUCUACGCCUCCCUCACGCCGUUAAUCGUAUACUCGUUCUUCGGCACGUCGGCGGAGAUAUCGAUGGGUCCCACGGCCAUGGUGUCCCUGCUGAUCCCCGAGGCCGCGAGUGCGCUCGGCGCCAAGCCCGGCACGGAGGAGUACAUCCAGGCGGCCAUCCUGCUGACCUUCCUCAUGGGCCUGAUCCUGGUCGUGGCCAGCAUCCUCCGCGUCGGCUUCCUCAUCGAGAACCUCCUCUCCCACCCCGUGCUGAGUGGCUUCACGUCGGCUGCGGCGGUGAUCAUUUUCAUGUCCCAGCUCAAGUCCCUCUUCCGCAUCUCCGCCUCCGGGGACACGCUGCCCAAGCUGCUGUACUCGCUGGGCGAGAACAUCGGGGACAUCCACCUGUGGUCCCUCCUCCUGGGCUGCCUCUGCGUCGCCAUCCUCGUACUCGCCAAACGGUACACGAAACGGUUGCCGGUGGCGUUGAUGUUGCUCGUGGCCACCACGUUCCUCACCUGGAUACUGGACCUCGACACACGGUUGGGGCUCAAGGUGAUCGGCUCGCUGCCCACAGGGCUGCCCACUCCAUCCGUUGCUUUCAUGAGGGAGGCCGGAUGGUCGGGCGUGUGGAGCAUGCUUCCCCCGGCCACAAGCAUCGCCGUUCUGGGCUUCAUCGAGGGCAUCUCCGUGGCCAAACGCUUCUGCGCCAAGAAGCAGUACUCCAUCGACGUCGGACAGGAGAUCCUCACACUCGGCCUCUGCAACUCCAUCGGCGCCCUCUUCCAAAGCUAUCCGGUGGCGGGCAGCCUCUCGCGGACCGCCGUCAACUACGAGAGCGGGUCGCGCACGCCGCUGUCGUCGCUUCUCGCGGCGCUGGUCAUCGGCCUGACGCUGCUGCUCUUCACGCGGCUGUUCUACUACGCCCCCAUGUGCGUGCUGGCCAGCAUCGUCAUCUCCGCCGUGUUCGCCCUCAUCGACUACGAGGAGCCGCUCUUCCUCUACCGCAUCAAUGACCGGACGGACCUGGUGCAGCUGGCCAUCGUGUUCGUCAUCACCCUGUGCCUCGAGAUCGGAGUGGGCGCGGCGGUCGGAGUGUCGCUCCUACAGGUCAUCUAUCGCACGGCCAAGCCCAGCUUUGUCGAGCUGGGGCGACUGGCUGGCACCCUCGAGAAGGUGAGGUACCCGCACGCCGUGACGGUGGCGGGCGCCCUGGUGCUCCGAUUCGACUCCAACCUGUUCUUCGCCAACGUGGUGUGGUUCAAGGAGCGGCUCGCCAAGUACGAGGCCAGGAGCCCGAACAAGCUGCACGGCAUCAUCAUCGACGCCACCGGCGUGAAUAGCAUCGACUCUACGGCGGUACACGCUCUGUCGGAGAUCAUCGACGCCUAUCGGGCCAAGGCCAUGUGCUUCCUGUGGACCAACGUCAAGAGCGAAGUCCGAGACACCAUGGACCAGUCGGGUCUUACCAGCAAGAUCGGCCCCGAGAACUUCUUCAACAGCACGCACGACGCGGUCGAGUUCAUGGACGCCUACAUCAAGGACCUCUCCACCACCUCCAUCCUCGGCCACAAGGAGGCCACCAAGCUCCGCCGGAGGAACCGAUCGUCAUCUGGCGGCCCGCCGGUCAAUCACGAUCGGCACCACACAGGAGGAGGCACGAAGGGCGAGGGUGAAGAGACCCACACGCCGCGUCCCGGCGCAACCACGGACGAUGGCGAUCAGCGUGCGGCCGAUGUUGAAGACGAUGAGAAUGGUCAUCGUCAGAGCGGCAGAUCCCCAGCCUUCUCGGUCCGAUCGCCUGCACCUUCGCUUGAAGACGUCAGCCUCGACUAA